AUGGUGAUAGAAAUAAAAUUAUUCAUUGAUAAAGUUCGCAAAAUUGAGCAAUGGUUCCAUCAGAGCGGAGUUGGUGCAGACCAAUUGAUGAAUUCUCAAAAGGCUGCAAAUGCACCGGAAGGAAAAAUUAAACACAUGAUAGGCGAUGUUUCAACACGGUGGAAUUCUCAAUUGCACAUGCUUGAAAGGUUUUUAGCUAUGAGUGGGACAGUGGGUGGCAUUUUGUUGAAUCACCCUAAUGCUCCGCCUAUAAUUCAAGCUAGUGAAAUUGCUGUACUGAAAGAGGUCGUAAAAAUACUCAAACCGUUUGAAAAAGUAACCGAGGAGAUGUGUAGUGAAAAAUAUGUCAGCGCAAGCAAAGCUAUUCCCAUGAUAAAGUGCUUGAAACAGUAUUUGGAAAAAACAGAUCCAUCACAUGAUUUGGCCAUCCAAUUAAAAAGUUCAUUAUUAAAUGUAUUUAAGAAAAGAUUUGAGCAUAUACAAAAAGUUCAUUUAUUUACUACUGCAACAUUUUUAGAUCUUCGUUUCAAAAAAUUACACCUUGAUGAUGGAGCAUCUUUGACAAGAACUAUAAACUACCUUAGACGAUCCAUUGAAGAAAACCGCGAACCUGAGCAUUGUGCACUGUCAAUAACUUCGGCCGCUGAUGAAGUCGAUAAUGAUGACAUUUGGGAAACCCACAACAAGCUGUUCGUGGAGACUAUGAGAACCAGUCAAAGUUACAGCCAGACAUCCGAAUUAAGCUUGUACAUAGCUGCGCCUCUAAUAGAGUUAAAAGAAGAUGCUUUCGAAUCCUGGAGAAGAUAUGAAGGAGCUUAUCCCCAACUGACACAGUUGGCGUGUAAGCACCUUUUGGUACCGGCUUCUUCGGCUCCAGCAAAGAGAUUGUUCUCCAAAGCUGGCGCCAUAUUAACAAAGACCAAGAGCCGAAUUUUAUCCAAACGGUUACCUAAGCUGUUAUUCCUCAACUCAUUGCCUACGGAUUUCUAG